CAAACCGGCUUCACAAUUAAUCUUGAGUGUGUGUGAAUUAGUGAAGAAUGGAGGGAGAAGAAGACAGCACAACUGUUGACUGGAGAGGCAGACCCUCUAACCCUCAUAAGCAUGGUGGAAUGAGACCUGCUCUUUUCGUUCUUGGGUUGCAAGCAUUUGAAAUAAUGGCAAUAGCUGCGGUGGGAAACAACCUCAUAACUUAUGUGAUCAAUGAGAUGCACUUCUCUUUGUCCAAAUCUGCCAACGUCGUCACUAACUUUGUUGGAACUAUAUUUCUCCUCGCCCUCCUCGGCGGCUAUCUUUCUGACUCUUACCUCGGCAGCUUCUGGACCAUCCUCAUCUUUGGUUUUCUUGAACUUUCUGGUUUCAUAUUGCUGUCAGUCCAAGCUCAUCUUCCUCAGUUGAAGCCACCGCCGUGCAAUAUGAUGAUGAGUGACGGAGAAGAACAGUGCAUAGAAGCAAAGGGCUUCAAGGCCAUGAUAUUCUUUUUAGCAAUAUACUUGGUGGCAUUAGGGAGUGGAUGUGUGAAGCCUAACAUGAUUGCUCAUGGAGGUGACCAAUUCAAUCAAGAGAACCCCAAGCAGUUAAAGAAUCUCUCCACUUACUUCAAUGCAGCAUAUUUUGCAUUCUCUUUGGGAGAACUCGUUGCCCUCACAAUUCUUGUUUGGGUUCAAACUCAUUCGGGAAUGGACGUAGGCUUCGGAGUAUCAGCAGCUGCAAUGGCAAUGGGAUUGAUAAGCUUGAUAUGUGGGACUCUAUAUUACAGGAACAAACCCCCACAGGGCAGCAUCUUAACCCCCCUUGCUCAAGUUCUUGUGGCUGCAUUUCUGAAAAGAAAGCAUAUCUGUCCAUCUAACCCACAAAUGCUUCAUGGAAGCCAAAACUAUGUUCAUACCGAUAAGUUCAGGUUCUUGGACAAGGCUUGUAUCAGAGUGGAAUUAGAGGGAACAAACAGAAAGGAAAGCGCAUGGAGAUUGUGCAGUGUGGGACAAGUUGAGCAAGUGAAGAUGUUGGUAUCAGUUGUUCCGAUAUUUUCUUGCACCAUCAUAUUCAACACAAUAUUAGCACAACUGCAGACAUUCUCAGUCCAACAAGGGAGUGCCAUGGACACCCAUCUAACCAAAUCAUUUCAUAUCCCACCAGCGUCGCUUCAGUCCAUUCCUUAUAUCUUGCUCAUCAUCGUAGUCCCUCUCUAUGACACUUUCUUUGUCCCCUUUGCCAGAAAAAUUACUGGUCAUGAGUCUGGAAUCUCGCCUUUGCGUCGAAUAGGUUUUGGCCUCUUUCUAGCUACAUUUUCUAUGGUUUCGGCUGCUCUAUUGGAGAAAAAGAGAAGGGAUGCAGCUCUGAACCAUAACAAAACUUUGUCUAUUUUUUGGAUUACUCCGCAAUUCUUAAUCUUUGGAUUGUCAGAGAUGUUUACAGCCGUUGGUCUCCUUGAGUUCUUUUACAAACAGUCCUUCAAAGGGAUGCAGGCAUUCUUGACAGCUAUCACAUAUUGCUCCUACUCAUUUGGAUUUUAUUUGAGCUCACUAUUGGUUUCUUUGGUCAAUAAGAUCACUUCAACUUCUUCAAAUGGUGCUGGUGGUGGUGGUUGGCUUCAUUACAACAAUCUCAACCAAGACAGGCUUGACCUUUUCUAUUGGUUAAUGGCUGCCCUAAGCUUUCUAAACUUCCUCAACUAUCUCUUUUGGUCCAGAUGGUAUUCUUAUGCUCCUUCCCAACCUGAACCUUAUGCCAAGCAAAACAAUAAUCAAUCCAAAUACUCUGGAUCAGAUGACAAUAUUCCCUAGCAUACCAAUUUAUUUAGUCUAGCCUUUUUGUACUAUAUUCAGUAUAAAGUUAUUAUGAAAAAUACUGUGAAGAAUGCA